GACCGAACACGUUAAUUUUUUUAUUUUUCGUUUUCCCAGCAAGCAUUUUAGCCAACACGCCUUAGCGUUCCGAGGGAGCAUCCGCCGGGUUUUAGAAAGUCACGGGCUGAGCAGCUUGCACUGGCCACGUCCCCUCCUCAAAUGGUUUGAAGAUCGUCGCCUCUUGUAAGCACCAGUGUGCACAGAAUCCCAAUCAAGGGACGUCGUGGUCCAGCGAUGCAAAGAACUGAAGUCCCAAGGAAGAGCCUGUAUUGUCCUCACCAUAGAACAGAAGAAUUCUAGCUAGAAAAGACAGACAGCAGCAAAUGAAGACGAUAAAAGAAAAGAAGAAAAGACACCCAAGAUUGAGAAAAUGUGCCAGGACUAAAAGGGAAACCCAGAGGAAGCCAACAGGGCCUGUUUGCCAACUAUGCCUUCAAGAACCUGGGGAUCCUGAAAAGCUAGGAGACUUUCUUCAGAAACACAAUAUCAGUGUGCAUUAUUUCUGUCUUAUCCUAUCUAGCAAGCUGCCUCAGAGGGGCCAAUCCAACAAGGGUUUCCAUGGAUUCCUACCAGAAGACAUCAAAAAGGAGGCAACCCGGGCUUCUAAAAAGAACUGCUUUGUGUGCAAGAAAAGGGGAGCUGCUAUCAAGUGCCAGGAGGAUCAUUGCGUCAGAAACUUCCAUCUGCCUUGUGGCCAAGAAAGGGGUUGCCUUUCACAGUUUUUUGGAGAGUAUAAAUCAUUUUGUGAAAAACAUCGCCCAACACAGGACAUCCAGCAGAGGAAUGUGAGGGAGAAAAGCUGCAUCCUGUGUUGUGAAGAUUUAUCCCAAGCGAGUGUUGAGAAUAUCCAGAGCCCAUGUUGUAGUCAAGCUGUCUACCACCGCAAGUGCAUCCAGAAAUAUGCCCACACGUCAGCAAAGCAUUUCUUCAAGUGUCCCCAGUGUAACAACAGAGAAGAGUUUCCUAAAGAAAUGCUAAGAAUGGGAAUUCAUAUUCCAGACAGAGAUGCUGCCUGGGAACUCGAGCCAGGGGCUUUCUCAGAGUUGUAUCAGCGCUAUCAGCAUUGUGACGCUUCCACUUGCCUGUAUGAACAAGGCAGAGACAGCUUUGAAGAUGAAGGGAGGUGGCGACUUAUUCUCUGUGCUACAUGCGGGUCCCGUGGAACCCAUAGGGACUGCUCCUCUCUUAGAUCAAACAGCAAGAAAUGGGAGUGUGAGGAGUGUACGCCUGCUUCAACCACAGAUCCCAUCCCUGAAAAUUCAAGUGACAGCCCCUGUUCCAGCACCUUCUACCCCCAGGAGCAUUUCUGCAGGACCACCAGCAUGGAAGAAAAUCCAAGAUCUUGGACUGAUUGUCCAGGGCCUUCCCUAUUAGAAAAACCAGAGUCCUCUGGUGGCCAGAUGGGCCACUUAUGGUAGUCCUUGGGAGUCAGACUCAGCAGGAGCUGCAGGAAAUCCAAGCAAUGCCCAACCCAAGGGGGUGAAAUGGUGCUUUGGGAAGAUAGCGCUUUGGGACAGUGACACAAGGAAAGAGCCAGCAGGGAGACUGCAAGCCAAGUAAGUCUCAGGGAAGGGUGAGAGCCACGGAGUCCACACGCCCACAACCCAGCAUAAGGGCACCUCUGCGCUUUCUCCUCCGUUCUCUCUUCCACCAAGACUCUUCCACCUUCCAUCUGGUUCUCAUAUGUCUCUUCUUACUUCACUCAUUUUGUACUUUGCAAAUAAAGACUUUCUCUCCA